AUGGUGGUUUACGAAGUAUUUGUUGUGCUGGAGGACAUUCGCGUUAACUUGAUCAAACAAGAUAUUUAUGUGAAUGGUGAAUUACGAAGUGUUGCCUCUCCUUUCAACUAUGGCAACAUAACAGUAGAACGAAUUAACCGUGAGAUUAUUAAAGUUACAUUGAAAUCCAAAUUUGUUUUGAAAUGGAAUGGAAGUGGCCGAGUGGCUCCGAUUCUUGACCAAUCCAUGUUUGGUAAAGUGUGUGGAUUAUUGGGCAAUGGAGAUAGUGAUCCGGAUAAUGAUAUGCAAAUUCCAAUUCAAGAUGGUACACUGAAGAUGGUCGAUAUUAUCAACGAAUUCGGUGAUGGUUGGCUUGUCCCAGGAAGUUGCAAAGGAUGA